AUGGCGAUGAACAAAAUUCGCGGCGCCUUUGCGGUGCCCCGGAAAGGAGAGACGUUCGAAUUGCGAGCUGGACUUGUAAAGGAAUCAAUUCAGAAGACUAUUAUGGCUAUGACCCUGGGGAAGGACGUGUCGGCACUUUUCCCCGACGUGCUCAAAAACAUCGCCACCGGGGAUCUUGAGCAGAAGAAAUUGGUCUACCUCUAUCUCAUGAACUAUGCCAAAUCGCAUCCGGAUCUAUGUAUUCUCGCCGUCAACACCUUCGUUCAGGACUCCGAGGACCCCAACCCGCUGAUUCGUGCGCUGGCAAUCCGAACAAUGGGCUGCAUCCGAGUGGAAAAGAUGGUGGACUACAUGGAAGAACCGCUGCGCAAGACUCUUCGGGAUGAAUCACCAUAUGUUCGCAAGACAGCUGCGAUCUGUGUCGCUAAGCUGUUCGAUCUCAACCCGGUCAUGGCACUCGAGAACGGAUUCCUCGAGACACUCCAAGAGAUGAUUGGCGACCCCAACCCGAUGGUCGUUGCCAAUUCAGUGACUGCACUUUCGGAGAUUCAUCACUCAGCACCAGAGACGAAGGCCCUGCAGAUCAACACCAACAGUCUACGGAAGAUGUUGAUGGCAUUGAACGAAUGUACAGAGUGGGGACGAGUCACUAUUCUCUCGACCCUGGCCGAGUACAAGACGACUGACGUAAAGGAAUCGGAGCACAUCUGCGAGCGAGUUGCGCCUCAAUUCCAGCACGUUAACUCUGGUGUCGUUCUCGCAGCUGUCAAGGCUGUCUUCUUACAUAUGAAGAACGUUAACCCCGAAUUGUCCAAGACCUACCUCAAGAAGAUGGCCCCUCCACUAGUCACAUUGGUUUCAUCGGCCCCUGAAGUGCAAUAUGUGGCACUGCGAAACAUUGACCUUUUGCUGCAGAAGCAGCCGGACAUUCUCCAGAAGGAACUCCGUGUCUUCUUCUGCAAAUACAACGACCCGCCAUACGUCAAGUUCCAAAAGUUGGAGAUUAUGGUUCGCAUUGCAAACGAUCGAAAUGUGGACCAGCUCCUGGCUGAAUUAAAGGAGUACGCCCUUGAGGUUGAUAUGGACUUUGUCCGACGUGCUGUUAAGGCAAUUGGUCAAGUUGCAAUCAAGAUUGAAAGCGCAAGCGAACGUUGUGUCAACACACUGCUAGAUUUGAUCAACACCAAGGUGAACUAUGUCGUUCAGGAAGCGAUUGUGGUCAUCAAAGAUAUCUUCCGCAAGUACCCCGGAUACGAGGGCAUCAUCCCGACUUUGUGCCAGUGCAUUGAUGAAUUGGAUGAGCCAAAUGCCCGAGCGGCACUGAUCUGGAUUGUUGGAGAAUACGCCGAGAAGAUCAGCAAUGCAGGCGAUAUUCUGGGCGGCUUCGUGGAUGGAUUCAACGAAGAGUUCUCCUCGACGCAAUUGCAAAUCCUCACCUCAGUGGUCAAGCUGUUCCUGAAGCGGCCCGAGAAGGCCCAGGGUCUGGUGCAACGGGUGCUCCAGGCUGCAACCGCCGAGAAUGACAACCCCGACGUUCGUGACCGAGCUUACAUCUACUGGCGUCUUUUGUCCAACACCAGCGAUUCCGAGGCAACUAAGAACAUUGUCCUCUCAGACAAGCCACCCAUCGUCACCACCAUCCACUCACUACCCCCAGCACUCCUCGACCAACUUCUUACCGAACUUUCCACCCUCUCCUCUGUCUACCACAAGCCCCCCGAGCAGUUUGUUGGCCACGGCCGAUUUGGCGCCGACGCUGUCCAGCGCGCUGCCAUCGAGGAACAACUUCAAAACGCACGCGAAAACCCAUUGGCCGCGGCAGCCGCCGCCGCCGCCGACGGCACCGCACCCCCUGCGCAGGCGCAAAACAACGUCGAGAACCUGCUGGACAUCGAUUUCGACGGCGGUGCCCCUGCCUCUGCACAAAACGAGCCGGCAAGCGGCAUGUCCGGCCUGGAAGGAUUGGCAGGAACUCCUGUCCGAGUUGCCUCCCCUGCCGUUGGCGCCCCCAGCCAAGCCAACAACAACUUGGACGACUUGUUGGGCGUCUUUGGAGACUCGGGACCUGCGCAGCCUUCAGCUGGUGCACCCAGCGGCUCUGCUGAUCUGAUGAAUGGAUUCUCUGGUCUGGACCUCUCUGCUAAUGGUGGAGGCCAGAACAAGAAAUCCAACGACGAUAUCAUGUCGCUCUUCUAG